GUAAGCAGAGCUUGCUGUGUGAGAGGUGAAGUUGGAGGAGGAGGCAUCUAAGCCCACAGUCUUUUAUCCAGCGGAGUGAGGCGGCUGCUUUCGGCUGCCCACCCCAUCCCUACCCACAACUCUGGCAGGAGGAGAGCAACAGAUUGACCGGAGGAUGGAGCGCGAGAGCAAUCAGCUUGAGACUGGUCCCAUCCUUUGUCGCAUGGGUUGUGGAUUCUUUGGAUCCCCAAAUACAGAUGGACUCUGCUCUAAGUGUUAUAAGGACACUCUUAAAAAGAAGCAGCAACCACCUUCUACAGUGACUUCUCCCACAGCCUCUGUAGCCCCUACCUCAGCAUCUCCAGCACCCCCACCUUCUGCUCUCCAUCAGGCUGCCACUGUCGUCACAACCACAGGCCAGCCGACUGUGCCCACCCUAACACAGGUGGCAGGUGUACCAGGAACUCCAGAAAAGUGUGAAACCACAGAGGAUGCAGGAGCAUCGGCUGCAGAUGGUGCAGAAGCAGACAUCGAUGCCAACAGUCCAGACAAGGAUGGAGCCAAGAAGAAGAAGAACAAGUGUCAGAUGUGCAAGAAGAAGGUUGGCCUCACAGGUUUUACAUGCAGGUGUGGAGGCCUUUUCUGCUCAGUGCAUCGCUACAGUAAUGAACACCACUGCACGUUUGACUACCGCGAACAUGGAGCGGAAGAGAUCAGGCGGAACAACCCCGUCAUUAAGGGUGAAAAAAUCCAGAAGAUAUGAAGACACCACUAGACGGCCAACAGUCGAGCCCCACCUCACCCCAGCUUAGGUCGCUAACAAUGAAGGAAGAAAGGAAGUGAAAAGAGUCGUUAGAUGACUUGGAUCAUAGGGUGUUAUGGUCAUGUCAGGAGUUAACAAGUUUUGAUUUUUCCUUUUUCUUCUAUGAAUAUAUUUGGAAAUAGGCACAUUUGUAUACUAGGGUUACUGUAAUAUUUUUGACAGGGGAUCUGUCUGCAGUGAUCAUGCUGGAAUUUUUGAGUUGUGUUGGUUGGCUCUGCUGUGUUGUGUGUUUGUGUCUGCGUGGGGGGCUGUAGAAACUGUUGUUGCUGGAGGUCCCGCCACUUGUGUCUAGCAUUACCUCAUCAUUUCACUACUAUCAUCAUAUCAUAACCAUUACUUUCAUAGUCAUAUCUCAUCUGUCACCAUCACCCCAUCAACUUGGCAUCCUCAUCCAUCACUUCACUGUCUCAUCAUAUGUCGUCUAGUAUGUAGGGAAAACUUACCUGACGGAUGCCUUGGCACAAGGUCUUGUUGGGCAGAACUCAUAUACUGCGUCCUUGAAAAAAAAAAAUAAGAAAAAAAUUGUGGUGUUCCUUAAAGGGCAGAUCCACUACAUGAAGUGUACUUGCUCUAGUUAACUGAAGGGUAAAGAAGAAUAAGUUUAACCUGUGUAACAAAUGUAUGAUGCCCACUUCUGACCCUCGCAGCCACUUGCUGUGCGUAUCUUCAGAUCCGGACAUCGCCCUCCUGGGUCAACAAAUGGCCUUAACUCUCCAUGCCACGCCACUUCUCCAAGUACCACCUGGGCAGGCCACUGAAACAAAAACUUUUGCUCGGAAUGGUUUGUGGGAUUGUGUGUUAACUGGCGCAGCCUCCUCAAGGUCUGUUGGCCCAGUCGAAGUGAUGCCUUACUGCAAGUGACAUGUGAGCCAAGGAUUCUUUGAUCCCAUGUUAUUAUGCACUUGGACUUAACAUAUAGAUGGGCUUUCAAGCCUUUUGUACCAAGCGUAUUAAAUUAAUAAUUACUGCAACAUUUGUAGUGGCUAUGAGAAAUGGACAAAAAAUGAGGUAGCCUUGUUUGUAUGUGUGUGUAUGAAUGAUACUUACCUCUAGGGCAAUUGUGUUAGCAUGUGUGCUAUUACUCUUAUUAUCAUAACUUCAAAUGUAAAAACAGCUCACUUACCACUUGGGAUUCUUAUGGGGAAAAUGCCUCUUGUAGGAACUUGUCUGUCCUUACAUCAGUGUCUUUAUAUUGAUUGAGCUAUGGGGGUUUCCUUUGUUUAUGAUCCUCAAUACAAGCUCUGUGCAUUAUUAUCUUACACUUGAUAUGCACCUCAAACUGAUGGAGUAAAAUUAUUUGAUUUUUUUUGUAAGAAGCGUUUCUCUUGUUUGUGUUUUUAUUGCCGUAGUUGGUGCUUAUACAGAGUAGCAGACGUAUUGAACAUCACAGUUUUUAAUGAAAAUAAAGGUAACUGGCAAGCUCCUUACAAAUGUUGUUGUGAUGCCCUUUGAAAGCCACGCCAUGUUUGCUCCUUCCAUUUUAGUGUUUAGUUUUAUGCCAGUCCAAUGGCAUCUUGUUUGUGAGGAGUUUGUUUCUUUGCUUUAUAACUAUUCCCUCUUGAUUACCAUUAUUAUCAAUAGUCAUUGUUACUAUAUACGAUUUGUAGUCAAAUAUGUCCUGGUGUGCUCAAAUAAAUGGGUACAGCUAACUA